UCUCAACCCCCAAAAAAAUCCCAAAUUUUUCUCGGAGAUAAAUACAGUAACAAACGAAACAAAAAUUUAUCCCCUGCGAAAAUCAAAUCUCUUCUAAUUAUUCUUGUUAACACGCAAGCAGGAUCGGAUUUUCCCUCGUAUUUGUACAAAGAAACAGAGAUGCAUAAGUGGAACCUUCCGUACCGGAAAGAUGACGUGGAGAGCGGCGGCGGUGAGAGUCCUCUGUAUCCGACGAUGAUGGAGAGCCCCGAACUCCGAUGGGGUUUCAUCCGAAAGGUCUAUUCCAUUAUCGCUUUUCAGCUUUUAGCUACCAUCGCCGUCGCCGCCACCGUUGUCACCGUCCGCCCGAUCGCCGUCUUUUUCGCCACCACCAGUGCCGGUCUUGCUCUCUGGAUACUUUUAAUCAUCACCCCUUUAAUUGUUAUGUGUCCUUUGUACUAUUACCAUCAGAAACAUCCGGUGAAUUACUUGCUUCUUGGUAUUUUCACGGUGGCUCUUGCUUUCGCUGUCGGAUUAACGUGUGCAUUCACUAGCGGGAAAGUGAUUCUCGAAUCAGCGAUUUUAACAACCGUAGUGGUGCUUUCCUUAACUUUCUACACCUUCUGGGCAGCCAAAAAAGGCUAUGACUUCAAUUUCCUCGGUCCCUUCUUGUUUGGUGCUAUCAUCGUUCUCAUGGUCUUUGCCCUUAUUCAGAUUUUUUUCCCGUUGGGUCGGAUCUCAGUGAUGAUCUAUGGUUGCUUGGCAUCGAUAAUAUUCUGUGGCUACAUAGUUUAUGAUACCGACAAUCUCAUCAAACGUUACAGUUACGAUGAGUAUAUUUGGGCAGCAGUUUCGCUCUACUUGGACAUCAUUAACCUCUUCUUGUCUCUCCUCACCAUUUUCAGAGCUGCCGAGGGUUAAAUGAUUAAGGUUUCUAAUUCUUUUUUCUAAGCCUCAGAUCAGGGUUUUUUUCAUGUCCUUUAAAUAUGUAAAUCUUUCAUAUUUGUUCA